UCUUUCUCUUAACUUUCCCUCUCCCACUCUCUUUCUCUCCACACAUCUGGAGGGUGUCUGGUGUGACUGUGACUCCUCGUCUGCUAUGGGACAGCCUGCGUUUGGACUGGACGUCAGACUUCGGUGCGUUUCGGCAAACGUUGGUCGGACGGGUUGCUGAGGAUUGAAGCUUCAGCCACCGCAGAGAAAGAGAGAAAGAGGACAGAGAACUGGUUGCCUGUUGUUGUUGUUGGCCUGGAGAGCUCAGCAGUGGACAUGGCCUUUCCCAAGCAUUCCUUCCUGCAGGCCAUGAGUGUGCUGCUCUUGGCCUCGGUGUUGGUGCGUUGCCAGACCUCUCUCGAACCAGAGGAAGAGGACGAGGAAGAGACCGGCACCGCUGUUGCGACGGCAAAAUCCGAGCCGCUCGAAUGUCCGUCGGAGUGCAGCUGUACGGCAGAAGGGGCAGUGGACUGCGCUGGAGUCGACCUCACGGAGUUCCCCGCCGAGCUGCAUGACAGAACGCGACAGCUCUCUCUGCAGAACAACAAAAUUGCGGAGAUAACCGUGGAGCACAUUUCCCAUCUGCAUCAGCUCGAGACGCUCAACCUUCAGAACAACUGGCUUACCACCAAUGGCCUUGAAGAUGAAGGUUUUGAGAUGCUUGAAGAGUUGGCUUAUUUAUACUUGGCAAAUAACAAGCUCAACUUAGCUCCAAAAGUCCUACCACCCUCUUUGGUCAGUGCGGAUUUUGCUGCUAAUCAGCUUACAAGGAUCUACCCAUAUACGUUUGGCCAAAAACCAAAACUGAGGUCUGUGUAUCUCCACAACAACAAGUUGACUGACGCAGGACUUCCUGACAAUACGUUCAAUGGUUCUGACAAGCUGGAGAUUCUCACCAUGUCCAGCAACUUCCUGCGAGUUGUCCCAACGAACUUGCCCUCCAGCCUUUACCGUCUUCAUCUGAAGAAUAACAUGCUCGAGAAAAUCCCAGCGGGGGCCUUUGACAACUUGUCAAACCUCAGAGAGUUGUAUCUCCAGAACAACCUUCUCAACAAUGAGGGCAUGGACAACGAGACUUUCAGCCAAUUGAGCAGCCUGGAGUGUCUGGAUUUGUCAAAUAACAACCUGAGCGUCGUCCCCAAGGGUAUGCCACGCAAUCUAGUGCUGCUUCAUCUGGAGAAGAACUCCAUCAAUAGUAUCCCCGGAGACGCUCUUGCCUCUGUCCGAAACCUUGAGUACCUGCUCCUCCACAAUAACAAGCUGCGCUCACGUUCCAUCCACCCGACUGCCUUCCAGGGCUUGAAGAAACUGCACACUCUCCACAUGUACAACAACUUGCUGGAGCGAGUUCCCAGGGGCUUGCCUAAGCGGGCAAAGACCCUAAUGAUGCUCCACAACUUCAUAAAUGAACUUGGCCGUAAUGACCUGGCCCUGUUGUUCUCCCUGACCGAGCUCAACCUUAGCUAUAACAAACUGACCAGCCCCAAAGUACAUCGUGAGGCCUUCAGAAAGCUGCGUAAUCUGGAAACCCUGGAGCUGUCGGGGAACAGCCUUCAAUCGAUGCCCAUGGGUCUUCCUCGCAGCCUGCAGGUGCUCGAAAUCAAGAGCAACCAGCUGAACUCUAUACCGGACGGUGCUUUGACGGGCAUGGAGAAGCUACAAAAGCUCAUCCUCAGCGACAACCAGCUGAAACUGAAUUCAGCCUACCAGGGAGCUUGGAUGGAGCUCAGUGCGCUCACAACACUAGACCUGUCUGGCAACCAGCUGUCACACAUCCCCCCUGACCUGCCUGAGUCUCUGGAGUACCUUUACCUUCAAGGUAACCGCAUCUCCAGUGUUCCUGCUUCAGCGUUUGAAGGCACUCCGAACAUCAAAGGCAUCUUCCUCCGGUUUAACCGCCUGUCUGUGGACAUUGUGGACGAGAGCUCGUUCGCAUACCUGUCCAACUUGCAAGUGCUGGACAUCGGCACAGAAAACACCGACCUCCCCUUUAAAAGAGAGGAGAUGGAGGAGGAGCAGGAAACAUAAAGAUGCGCUUGAAUGAACUGACGUUGGACUGCAUUGUGUGGAGGGCAGAACAGGCUUUUGAAUGGGAAUGAACCUGUGAACAUCAUUUCCCAUUUGAGCUGAGUUACACGCUGAGUUGGCAGAGUUACAUAUUUCUGGUGCAGGAUACCGGAUGAAGUUCCAUUAGUUUCCAUUUUUUGGGCUGGUUAGUAUAACAUAUCUUUAUAUCUGAGCUUUAAAUAUUUGUGUUGGACUGUUGACACGCAACAUCUAUCAUCUAAUUGUGUUUUUCAGCUUUAUUUAAAAAAAACACAUUCACAGAAGGGAAUUUACCAAAAUAUCCAAAAAUCUGAGCAGAGUGAAAACGAACACGUUGUUUACACGGUGUGAGUCUUCCUCUGCUGUUUGUCCUUGUGUUGCUGGCUGCCUCGUCUCCCUCCCCGGAGAAAAGUGAUUUAAUCAGAAAUUCUAUGAUCAAAUUUGUGUUUUCAUCGUCAAGGGGUGUAAGAUAAUCAGUUUCCCAUUAGAACCAACGAUUAUGAUUAUGUAUGAAUCUAAUUUCAAACUUUUGAAUGAAAGUCUGCAACCGUCAAAGUCUCAAUUUUAUUAUCGAUUAAUCUAUUGCUUUUUCUUCUUCAAGUAAUCGAUUAAUUACUUCGUCACGAAAUGUCAGAAAUGACGAAUACUCAUCACAAGGCUGAAGUGAUUUCGACAAUCCAGAAAACUCAUUACCUUUAUAAUGAUAGGAAAAAGAAAAGAUGACCCCACAUUUGAGAAGCUUUAAAUGUACAAUUCUUAAAACAUUCAUGAAAUCAAGCACAUUUUUUGUAGACACAUUGAGAGUUUUCAUUGUUACUGGCGGAGUACGCUUAUGUUUCACAUUCAAAUUGAGAAUCCGUCGACAAGGGUUCAUUGGACGGGAUGCACAUGUUUGAUCAUGAGUUCAGUAUUUCCGUGUUGGAUUACAUUGCAUUUUUUAUUAAAACAUUGCAUUUGAUAAAUUCUUUUAGCUCACCAUUUUGUUUGGAUGUGCUCCAGACCGACAGAGUUGCACUGGCUGUAACCACCGGUUACCACAGCGUCAAACCAACCGGGACUGAAAUGUUAAAGGGGCAGUUGACUCAAAAUCAAAACGUACAUAUUUUUCCUUUUACCUGUAGUGUUAUUUAUCAAUCGAGUGUUUGUAAUGUUGGCUAGCUCAGUGGUGCCAGGUGUGCUGCCAGCGUUGAGUAUAGAUGCGCUGUGAUGCUGUUGGCGGGUGAAGGUCUGUAUUUCCAGCACUCAUCAACACACCGCAAAACAGAUCGUCUAGAUUGACGUAUAGAAACAUAUGUGUUUUUGAUUUUAGGGUGAACUGUAACUAAAGUAAUUUACCUACAACGUGGAUGAUUGUUGAUAUGAUGAUCAUUUUU